AUGAGUUCAUUAAGCCCUCAACCAAAAUCCAUGAUGAGACCCAGUCAAUGGACUGAACAAGUUGAAGAAGCUUACAGAUUUCAACUGGCUGGAUAUCGAGAUGAACUGGAAUAUUUAAAAUAUCAAAGAGCUGAUGUUGUAGAUAGAUGGCCACACAAUGGUUAUAUUAAAAAAUUAAUGCGUCGUGAUGGAUGUUUUUAUUAUUACAACAAAACAAGGGAAUGUCCUGACAAAGAUGUCAACAAAACCAAAAUAUACUCCUAUUAA